UGCGGUCUGGGCGUGUCCUCUGUCGGGGGAGGAGGGCGGGGCGGGCCUCGAAGCCUCUGCCCAAGCAGGCGUCGGACCGCGGCGCGGGACACCGCGGUAUGGGGAGGGUGCAGCUCUUCGAGAUUUGCCUGAGGCAGGGCCGCGUCGUCUACAGUCCCGGGGAACCGCUGGCCGGGGUCGUGCGCGUGCGCCUGGGAGCGCCACUGCCCUUCCGAGCUAUCCGGGUGACCUGCGUGGGUUCCUGUGGGGUCUCCAACAAGGCCAACGAUGGGGCAUGGGUGGUGGAGGAGAGCUACUUCAACAGCUCCCUGUCACUGGCUGACAAGGGAAGUCUGCCUGCUGGAGAGCACAGCUUCCCCUUUCAGUUCCUGCUUCCUGCCACAGCACCCACAUCUUUUGAGGGACCCUUUGGGAAGAUUGUGCACCAGGUGAGGGCCUCCAUCGACACUCCACGUUUUUCCAAGGAUCACAAAUGUAGCCUCGUAUUCUACAUCCUGAGCCCCUUGAACCUGAAUAGCAUCCCAGAUAUUGAGCAACCCAAUGUGGCAUCCACUACCAAGAAGUUCUCCUAUAAGCUGGUGAAGACGGGCAGUGUGGUUCUCACAGCUAGUACUGACCUUCGUGGCUAUGUGGUGGGACAGGUGCUUCGGCUGCAGGCUGACAUUGAGAACCAGUCAGGCAAGGACACUAGCCCUGUGGUGGCCAGCUUGCUACAGAAGGUAUCCUAUAAGGCCAAGCGCUGGAUCUAUGACGUGCGAACCAUUGCAGAGGUGGAAGGCACAGGUGUCAAGGCCUGGAGGCGCGCUCAGUGGCAAGAGCAGAUCCUGGUGCCUGCCCUGCCCCAGUCAGCCCUGCCAGGCUGCAGCCUUAUCCACAUCGACUACUACCUGCAGGUCUCUAUGAAGGCACCCGAAGCCACCGUGACUCUCCCACUCUUUGUUGGCAAUAUUGCUGUGAACCAAACCCCACUGAGCCCCUGUCCAGGCACAGGGUCUUCUGGGGCCUUGUCCCCAGUGGUGCCUUCUGCACCACCCCAGGAAGACGCUGAGGCAGUGGCUAGUGGCCCCCAGUUCUCAGACCCAGUUUCCCUCUCCACCAAGAGCCAUUCUCAGCAGCAGCCACUGUCAGCUGCGUUGGGUUCCGUGUCUGUCACUACUAUCGAUCCCUGUGUUCAGGCUGGAAGCCCUGGUAGGCAUUCUCUGCACCCUCCCUUGUGCGUCUCUAUAGGUGCCACUGUCCCCUACUUUGCAGAAGGCUCCGGGGGGCCAGUACCCACCACCAGCGCCUUGAUCCUCCCCCCAGAGUACAGUUCAUGGGGCUACCCCUAUGAGGCUCCACCGUCCUAUGAGCAGAGCUGUGCCAGCACAGACCCUGGUCUGAUCCCAGGGAGCUGACCCUGGUGAGCCAACCCUGUGCCACCUCUAUGGUGGGCCUGGCCUUUGCCCUGGGAUGGGAUGCCCAGGGCCUCGUGCCUUUGCUCUCUACUUGGCCCAGCUACUCAGGACCUGCAGCCGUCGGGACGACCCCUUGUGGACCAGCCUCUCCUGGCUCCUCUGGAAUUAAUCAGUCCUCAAGAGGUUGGGGUAGGGCGGCAGGGAUAUGGGGCCUGGAGAGACUAUAAAUAAAGCGCUUUAUUUGUAGAGCUUUUGCGACCAAAGCCUACCCUCAAAGUGGCCCCCACUGUGUAGACUCCACCCCUGAAGAACACAAUCCCAUAAUGAGCUCCUCCUUUGACCCCACCUCCGAACGACAC